AUGGUAAAUAUUAUUAUGACUGAACAAAUUCGUUGUAUAGUUACUGGUUGUCAAUCGGGGUAUAAAAGUUGUAAAGAAAAAAGACAUUUAUUUGGUGUUCCCAAAGAUCUGGACUUAAGAGAAAAGUGGCAAGUUGCAAUCCGUCGAAAAGUUGAAUUCAAGUGUGGACAAAAAGUUUGUGAUAAACAUUUUUUGAAAGAUGAAAUUCGGCAUGAAAAAAUUCUUACUGAUAAAGAUGAAACACAUGAAGAUAUAAAUAAUCAACUCCAACCAAAUUUUUUACUGACUGGUGCAAUCAAUGUAACGGAAGCAAGAACAUCACAAAAAUCUUUUAUUGAAACAAGUGAAAACAACAGUAUAUUGACUUUCGAGGAUAUAAUUUCGAAUGAAACACUAUAUUUACCACUUUCAUGGGAACGUAAAAAAUAUGAUGUUAAUGGAACACUUAUGAUUGCUUUCAGCCAUACAUAUUUUGAAGAAAAGACUAGUGCAACAAUAACUUAUUCGAAAAAAGUUGUUAUAACUGAGAGUCUAGAAGUACGAUUUAAAGUCAAUGAAUCACUUAUAAAUUUAAGAGAACAAUAUGGUGAAAAAGUGAAAAGUUUAGCAAAUCUUGAAAAUAUUAUUUUUAGUUUUCAUUUAUUACAAGUAUGUAACGGUGUUAAAUUAAAUAAUGACUUACAAAAUUUAGAUCACAGUUUGUUUACAUACACUGACAUUUUUAAAAUAACUAGGCAUAAAAAGUGUGUAUUAAUUAGUAAAAAUGGGCAGUGUAAAGACUGUAAAUCUAUUAGUACCGAUGUAUUAAAUAAUGUUUUAACUGAAAAUGCUGAGAAAAUGCCUGAACAACAACAAAACGCCAUUCGAGAGAUUAUCAACGUUUCAAAAUGUAAAUCUCGUAACGGUCAUCGUUAUUCAAAAGACUGGAUGAUGUGCAUGUUACUACACAUGAAAUCUCCAACAACAUUUAGAUUCAUACGAGACAAUAACAUUUUACCACUUUCAUGUCCGAGCACUAUCAGAAAGCAAUUAUCUAAGAUUCCAAUAUCAUGUGGAUUUGAUGAGGCUUUUUUUGAAGUUUGAUCAAAAUAUAUAGAAAAUAAUCCAGAUAAAGAUGGAUUAUUACUUAUUGAUCAAAUGGGGAUUCGUGAAAGCAUAGCUGUUGAUUCGAAACGCCUUAAUUUCGUCAGACUUCCUGACUUUGAAGAAGAUGAUAUAGACGAUAAAAAGACGCUAACAGAAAAAGCGAAUCAUGGUUUAGUGUUCAUGUUCCAAUCAUUGACUGGUUUAUUUACACAGCCAAUAGCUGUCUUUGCUUCACAUGGCCCUACUUCUGGCAUUGUUUUGGCGAAGCUGAUUAUAAAAGCUUUAAUAAUAAUUGAAAGAUCUGGCGUUAGAGUUUUGGGAAUAGUUACUGAUGGUGCUACUCCAAAUCGUAAAUUUUGGAGUGAGAUGGGAAUCAGCGCACAAAAAAACAAUUUAAAACACACAUUUUAAGCAUCCUAGCGCUGAUCGAAAGGUUAAUGUAUUCUCUGAUACACCUCACUUAAUGAAAACAACAAGGAACAGAUUAUAUGAUAAGAAGAGCCUCCAGAUGGAUGAAAAUCAGCCUCUUAUCAAAUGGAACCAUUUUUCAAAAGUUUUCGACGCAGAUCAUGUAAAACCUUUACACCUAAAAGUUUGUCCGAAAAUUACUCCUAAUCACCUGAUACUCAACAACUCAUUUAAAAUGAGAGUUGGUCUAACGGUACAGGUAUUUAGUAAUUCAAUGGCAAAAGGCAUCAUAUCAAAACCAAUAAUUUCACAGCUACAAUCGAAUUUUGUAGUUGGAUGAAUAGACUGUUCAAUGCCCUCAAUCACAAUUUUAUUGGAGUAAAGCCUAGUGAUGACAAUUUCAAAAUUAUUGAAGAAUCGCUUAAGAAGUCAGAUGAUUGGGAAACAAAG